UCCGCAGCGUUCGCUUCAUACUGUCAAGCUGGACGCAACGUCGUCGUCGUCGUGUGCUCGUUUUUGUUGCCGUCGAUUUUAGUCGAACGCUAGUCGAACGAUCUAGCGCAUAUCGCACUGUGUGCUCAAUUCCAACAACCACUACAAUUACAACAACAACAAAAGCUAACCUGAGAACCGUUCUAUUCCAUAUGUGCAGCAAUUGAGCAUAAAAUUGCCCACGUUAAGCCUCACAAAUACAAAAAAAAAAAAAACAGAAAACACCAACAACAACAAGAGCAUUGUGACAAAGUACCAAAGUGCAGCGACGUUGUCGUCGACGUUGACGCUGCGUCGCCUGCAUGUUUGCCUUAAUUUCGUGCUUCCUGUGGAGAACGGACAAAAAGAACAACAAACAGUGGCAAUAAAAAGCAACAAGUGGAAACAGCGGCGAAAAUAACAUCAGCGACAACAGCUUUCUUUAAAAGCCGGCUGCGCAGCAUUAAGAAGAAGAGUGCGCGCACAAAGAAUAGAGUGAAAAAGUGUAAGCGGGAGAGUACGAUAGAGAGUACUGCAACAAUAACAAAUCAACUGCUCUCUUUCGUGUUUCUUUUAGUUCAACAACUGUCAAAAUGUGUGCGUUUAAUCCAGUGAGCGAAUUCCACGUGGCGGCGGUUCUUCAAGAAAGCCGCCUGGAUGCGUUUUUGCUUUGAUAGGCUGUGCUUCGCCACCAAGCGACCAGCCAACAAUAGCAAUAGCAAUAGCAAUAGCCACCAGCAGCACAGCGGCACAAAUGAGCCGUGCAGCAGCAGCAGUCCCACAAAUACAAAUACAAAUGCACCACUCGCAACCACCGCACAGCCAGCCGUCACUGUCUAUGCCGAAUACCAGAAGCUGCAGCCAGCGAUAAUCAGCAGAGACGACACCGAGGCCAAGCCACCGGACAUCAUCUCAGAGAACAGUCGAGAGCAGCCGCCGACACUCCCCCAAACGGCACCACCACCAGCACCGCCACCAGCACCACUCGCAGAGCGUCGUUAUCGGCGCCAUAGCAGCGCCGAAGAUCAGCAGCGCACGAGAGCGAUUGCGAUUGCGAUUCCAUUGCCGAGAGCUAAUUCGAAUACGAAUCUGAGAAAAGCGGUCAGCAUGCAGCAGGAGCCGAACGCCAACUAUCAGUUUCAGCCCGACCUGGGUCUGGUGAACAUCGUCAACAAUAACAACAACAACAUCAGCAGCAACAACGGCAGCAGCAACAACAACUUUGCCCACAACAGCGGUGGCAUCGUUACGCUGCCCGCAGCCAACAGCAUUGGCUACCUCGGCCUGGAGCAUACUGCGGCGGGUCUACGUCUGAUACCCGGCCCCGCGCCGCCCUGCCAUUCGGACGUGCUAACGCAUACGUUGAUCUACGGCACGCCACCCUCCGGCACGCCGCAACAGCUGCACACAGAUCCGCGCAGUCUGCUGCAUCAGCAGGAGCUGCAGUUGCAGCAGAGAUAUCAGCAAUUGCAACAGUUGCAGGCGCAAACGCAGGGCGUUUAUACAGCGUCGGGCAGCCCUGUAGUAGGGAUUUAUCAGCCCAGCAGCCAGCCGGUGGCCAUACCCGGCGCCUGCCAUUCACCCACCGCCCAACCACAGCAACAAUUGCAGCAGCAAUUGCAACAGCAGCAACUGCAGCAACAACAACAGCUACAGCAGCAGCAGCAGCAGCAACUACAGCAGCAGCAGCAUCCGCAGCCGCCCAACUCUUUGGCGAUAGCUCAACAAAUGCAGGGCCUGCGUAUUUCUGGCUGCACGCCGGGCAGCAGCUCGGCAACGCCCUCGCCGGUGGGCAUGGUCGAUGCGACGCUCAUGAUGAGCAAUACGUAUGUGGCGGCCACGCCUCAGGAGGAGCGCUUCCUUCAAAUCAUACAGGCCAAGGAGAUGAAGAUUCAGGAAAUGCAGCGUGCGCUUCAAUUCAAGGACAACGAAAUCGCCGAGCUGCGUUCCCAUCUGGAUAAGUUCCAGAGUGUCUUUCCCUUCAGUCGCAGCAGCGCCGCUGGCUGUGCAGGCGUUGGAUCUGCCUCGCCCGGCGCUGGCAAUGGUCCCGGUUCCAGCAGCGGACCAACCACUGCCACAGGCGCCACACGCAAAUCGGGGCAAACGUUCCAGCGGCAACGCGCCCAGGGCAUCUCGGCAGAGCCACAGAGCGAAUCUUCCGUCUUGCUCGAUCAUAUCAGCUUUCCCAAAUACGAAAAGGAUGAGCGCUCCCGUGAACUUAUCAAAGCGGCCAUUUUGGAUAACGAUUUCAUGAAAAACUUGGACUUGGCCCAAAUACGUGAAAUUGUCGAUUGCAUGUAUCCGGUUAAAUAUCCAGCCAAGAAUCUAAUCAUCAAGGAGGGAGAUGUCGGCAGCAUUGUCUAUGUUAUGGAAGAUGGACGCGUGGAGGUGUCACGCGAGGGCAAAUAUCUGUCGACACUAUCCGGCGCCAAGGUGCUGGGCGAAUUGGCCAUUUUGUACAAUUGCCAGAGGACGGCGACGAUUACAGCGAUCAGCGAAUGCAAUCUGUGGGCGAUCGAACGCCAAUGCUUCCAGACAAUCAUGAUGCGAACGGGCCUCAUCCGUCAGGCGGAAUACACGGAUUUCCUCAAGAGUGUGCCCAUUUUCAAGGACUUGGCGGAGGAUACUCUAAUCAAAAUCUCCGAUGUACUUGAGGAGACGCACUAUCAACGAGGUGAUUAUAUUGUGCGCCAGGGAGCACGCGGCGACACCUUCUUCAUCAUUUCAAAGGGCAAGGUGCGAGUGACAAUCAAGCAACAGGAUACCCAAGAGGAGAAGUUCAUACGCAUGUUGGGCAAAGGCGAUUUCUUUGGCGAGAAGGCGUUGCAAGGUGAUGAUCUGCGCACAGCCAACAUAAUUUGCGAGUCUCCCGAGGGUGUCAGCUGCCUGGUCAUUGAUCGUGAGACAUUCAAUCAGCUAAUAUCAAGUCUGGAUGAGAUCAAGCAUCGCUAUGACGAUGAGGGUGCCAUGGAACGCAGAAAGAUCAACGAGGAGUUCCGCGACAUUAAUCUAACAGAUCUGCGCGUGAUUGCUACAUUGGGUGUGGGUGGAUUUGGACGCGUGGAACUGGUGCAAACGAAUGGCGACAGUUCGCGUUCGUUUGCCCUCAAACAGAUGAAGAAGUCGCAGAUUGUUGAGACGCGUCAACAGCAGCACAUCAUGUCCGAGAAGGAAAUAAUGGGCGAGGCCAAUUGCCAGUUCAUUGUGAAACUGUUCAAGACCUUCAAAGACAAGAAGUAUCUGUAUAUGCUGAUGGAGAGCUGCCUGGGUGGCGAACUCUGGACGAUAUUGCGUGAUAAGGGCAACUUCGAUGAUGCCACCACUAGAUUCUAUACAGCUUGCGUUGUGGAGGCGUUUGACUAUUUGCACUCGCGCAACAUUAUCUACAGGGAUUUGAAGCCAGAGAAUUUGUUGCUGGAUGAAAAGGGAUAUGUAAAGCUGGUGGACUUUGGCUUUGCCAAGAAGCUGCAAACGGGCCGCAAAACUUGGACUUUCUGUGGUACGCCCGAAUAUGUGGCUCCCGAAGUGAUACUGAAUCGAGGCCAUGACAUUAGCGCCGAUUAUUGGUCACUUGGCGUGCUGAUGUUUGAGCUGCUCACAGGAACUCCACCUUUUACGGGCUCGGAUCCUAUGCGCACAUAUAACAUUAUACUUAAGGGCAUUGAUGCCAUCGAAUUUCCGCGUAACAUCACGCGCAAUGCCAGCAAUUUGAUCAAGAAACUGUGCCGCGAUAAUCCCGCCGAGCGUUUGGGCUAUCAACGCGGCGGCAUUAGCGAAAUACAGAAGCACAAAUGGUUCGAUGGCUUCUAUUGGUGGGGUCUACAGAAUCGGUCUUUGGAGCCACCAAUAAAGCCCAGCGUGAAGAACGUUGUGGACACAGCCAAUUUCGAUGACUAUCCACCUGAUCCGGAGGGACCGCCACCAGAUGAUGUUAGCGGCUGGGACAAGGAUUUCUAAUGUAGAAGACGUACGGAAUGUUUUUUUUUGACGCUGCUCUCUAGCGGACUGUGUCGCGCAUCUGCUGCAUCUUGAAAAAGGGAUAUUGAAAAUCGAUCGGUUGGAUCUUAACUAGUGCGCCAUUUGUGUGCCAAAGCAAUAGUCAGGAUCAGGCUUCAACAUUGAAAGCUGAUCCCCCAAGUAGCAGUCGCAACGCCUAGGGUCCUCAUACCAAUAAUCGUCGUACCCAUAUCAUAACCAAGAAUAAAGAAAAGAAUAUGCAUCUGCAAACACCCAUCUACAAGCAGCUCAAGGAUGCAGCUCAUUGUCUCAGAUUGAUCUGAUUAUCAUAACAUUGUGCAACACUAUGAAUUUAUUAACGAGUUUAUAAACUAUUAUUAUUGUGUAAAGAUUGAGAAAUCUAUAUCUUCUAGUUCAUUGGAUAUCGAUAGAAAUUGUAAGUAGGUUCCUGUAUCCUGGCAUUGCUCUGUUUCAGCCAUGUGCAUUGUGUAAAUUGUUUUCCCCUCUCUUAUCUAUAUACAAAUUACAAAGAUCAUUGUUAAUUGUACCAAGUGCACACACACCCACACAUACAAAUCGGAUUGCCUUAUAGCCUGUAAGCUGAUUCUUAUGCAAUUAUAUGAUCAAGACUUUCAUGCCCAUAACAUGUAACUUUUCCACUUGUCUAAUUAUCUAUCUAUCAUUUUAAUGCCUCUAAGCAAUUGUUGAUCUAUAUGCUAAUAAUUCUUC